CAUAUUUUGCAUCUCUUCCUGAUUUUUAUAGUCUCCUGUUGUUCCACGCUUUCCAAAACUCUAUAUUCUCUCGACGGAUUUACCGUUUCACCCCGAAACUUAAUCGAAACUCUCUCACUUUCUUCUCCUAAACAAUGAGCUUCUCAGUCCCUUAUGAAAAAAUUCCAGAUACUGCCGUCCAAGGCGAAGAAGAUUCGAAAAUGACGCCUUUAGAAGGUUGUAAAGACGAAAACUUCUCCCCUCUCUCUGAUCCCGAGAAAGGGCAGCCUCAGCCUGAAACUCCUUGGAAGUUGCUGAAACCAAUUUUGAAAUCAUUGUUGGUAUUGUAUGCCUUACUGGUUUUACUUGCUGCUAUUUUGGUUAUAUUAAUGAGAUUUUUUACAAGUGACAAAUUUAUGAAAUACGUCGCACACAAUUACCGGUUCCGUUCAUUCACUUAUUUGGCCAUGCUUACAUCUGGGUUUUGUUUUGGUACAGUGCAUCAACGGAAUCCGAAUUCAAUGGCUUUCAAAAUCAUAUCUCUUGUCUAUUUAUUAUCGCUGAGCUCAUAUCUUGCCAUAGGCAUUAUUUGAAUUGAUUUGGGGGCUGAAGUGUUAAUUCACUGGGAAUAAUACAAGCUGACAAGGAAUUUGGGUUUCAGAGGAAUAUGACUAGACUGCAUGCUGGAUUUCCUAUUGAUCGGGUUUUCUAUAUUAUUCUGGUAGCUGAACAAAUAUUUUUCUAUAG